AUGGUUGACAACAAGGCCAUCACGAAUGACCCUUGGAUUCACAUCGGUGACUUGUAUCCGGAGGGCAAGACACUGCCGCUCCUUCCCGACAGGAUGGACCGGGACCAGUUCGAGCAGGGCGAACACUUUGAGUGCUGCUGCUUGACCGCCUUCGCGACGCUUGUGGACCACCACCCCGAUGUGAUCCGCAACGUGUUCGUGACAAAGAAGGUGCGGGAGGAUGGGCGCUACACGUUCCAGUUUCACAGGUAUGGCCAGUGGGUGAAGGUGGAAAUCGACGACCGCAUCCCGCUGAUGGAGCAGCAGACUCUGUUCUGCCGUUCCCCCACCCGGCACUGGUGGCCCCUGCUGCUGGAGAAGGCCUACGCGAAGUUCUACACCCUGUACCAGAACAUUGAGGGCUGCACCCUGCAGGAGUUGUACUACGACUUCACCGGUCGUCCCGUGGUGAGCAUCCCGACCGAUCUGAAGCUUGCGAAGUCCGCCAUGUAUCAUGUUGACGAUCCGGAGUUUUGGCUCAACCUUAACGAGGAUCUGAAUGCCUGUGCGUAUGGAGCCACCGCGCGUUCAGGUCUAGGGUCCAAUACGGGGAUUCAAGAAAAUCAAGCGUACGGGGUCCUUGCGGUUGUUUCCCCUUUUAAGUCGUCGGAUAUUACUCUUUCUGAUCUUUUUGUGAAACUCAGUAACCCGUUUGUCGAGGCCGUGUACACGGGCCCCAUGAAUAACGAGGAUGUCCGUUGGACGGAUGAGUUGCGGGUAACCUACACCCCGGAGCGAAGGGACACAAUGUACGUGCCAGUUACGAUGUUUCUUGAGACUUUUUCCAGCCUUGAGAAAGUCUUGCUUGGUGGCGUGGCGUUGCCGGGCUGGCACUUCAACAGCGAGUGGGGCGAGGGCACGAAUGGCGGCAACCCCACCCUGGUGACGUGGCGCGAGAACCCCCUGUACGUGGUGCGGAACACUUCCGAUGAGCCCUUGCAGAUCAUGGCCAUGGUUGGGCAGCCGGACCAGCGGCACAAGCUCCAUCUGAUGCCGCAGCAGGAGCUGAAUUACAUUCAAUGCGGCCUCGUUCUCUCGCAGAGUACGGACACGACGAUGAUUCCCACUUAUCUGUUGACGGCAAAUAAUCACCGCAUGGUGCACAAGGGGCUCUACAUGGACUUCCGUGAGGUAGUUAACAGAAUUGUUGUGCCGCCAAAUUUCUUUGGCUACCUCGUCCCCGGAGCAAUGUUUCACGAACAAGGAAAAUUUUUAUUAUCCUACUGGUACCAGAAUCCGGGUGACGAAAAACCUCUGACUUUUACGCGACUCAAAGUUGACGUAGCACGGCACUUACCCGCUAUUGCACACGUCGUAUUAGAGCAUCAACAAAAGCGACGUGUCGAUUUUGUAGUUGAUACCCCGACGGAUGUGCAUAUUUUGCUGCGCCAGGAAAAGCCCUAUCGUACCCCUAAUUGCUCAGAUGCCAUGACGGAAGAUUUCCUUGGCAUGUACUUAUAUGAUGCAGACAAUAAGUGCAUAAGCGGGGUCGCUUCCGCCACAAACUUUCGUGAAACCGGCAUCGUGCACCAUCUUCCAAGAGAUGGCCGAUAUGCGCUUUCCAUUACAUGUCCGCAUGGCAACGGUGAAGUUCCAGUGAGGGUUGAGGUUGUGGCGAUUGAGGAGGCCCAUGUUCGUACAACUGAGCCGCCCAUUGACGCCGUUGAGUUCCACGAUGACGAAAGCGAAUUCACCGAAGAGGCCUUGAGUACUCCCCUACCGCGGGCAUCGGUGGAUAUCAGUGCAAGAAAGCCCUCAGCGCGUGGGGGAUCAAUCUCGGCGCGAACGCCAAGUAUUCCUAUAGAGGUUGACAUUAGCCACCAGGACCUGUCCUUCCUUGACCCGGCACCGGAGGGCAUUGCUCUUCAGGACAUACCUCUUAUGGGAGAGGCUCUGUUUGCCGCAAUGGCGGGCGAACGCCUGAAAGUGAAGAGGGACCCUGUUGCGAAUGCAAGCAAGAUCGCUGCCCUAGAAGCGGAGAUGAACGAGGUUGCUCACGAAAUGGCCAAGCGGAUGCACGCCAAGGAGCGCACUUUUCUGGAUCCAGAGCCGGAGGGUGUCCCGCUCGAGUUGCUUGCAUUAAACGAAAACGAGGCCUUCCUGGAGCUGGAGCGUGAGCUUCGUGCAUUAAACCACAAACCGCGGAAGGACGCCAGCGCCAUCGCUGCCCUUGAGGACGAGUUGUUUGACCGAACGCACGUGCUUGCAAGUGAGCUCAAGGAGAAGGAGCGAGAACUAUUUCUCGACCCGCAACCGGGGGGUGUGCCGGUGUCUGAGCUGCCGCUGGAUUCGGAUGAGCCAUUCCACACGAUGGAGGUGGAGCGCCUGCGUCUUCGCAACGAAGAUCCGCGCGGCAAUGCGGCAAAAAUCAAGGAACUGGAGGGUGAGUUGAACGAGCGUGCCAGGGAGUUGGCUCAGUUGCAGCUUCACAAAGAGAGGGCCUUCCUGAAUCCCGAGCCUUUUGGGUUCCCCUUGGAAGAGCUUGGCUUGGAGUACGAUGACGCUGUCGUGCGCGGCGAGGCGAAGCUGCGAGAGCUAAGG